UAGAUUGGGACCCUAGUAGUAAAUGUCUUCCAUUUGUGCUGAAAUUAUUUAUGGCUGGAAUGUCAUCUACUUCACGAGUUGAAAGCUAUAAUGCAAAGCUCAAAAGAUUAAUAUUUAAUUCCAAUACAACCAUGUUAGAACUUGCAAACAAAUUAACAGAAUGUGUUCUCGAAGAAGACAAAAAAACGGAAUAUGCUUUAUUCUGUGCAUCAGUUCCUAAAGCGGCUUUGGUUGCGAUAGCUGAUAAAUCAUUUCUAGUUGCACAAAAAUUUGGAAUAGAACAGUCAGUAACAAUGGGUUGGAAUGGUUCGGUUCCUUACCUUAACGCUUUAAAUCAAGGCGCUGUGUAUGAAAUGAAGGAUAUAAACCGCAAAACAAUAGAUGAACGCAAGGCUAGAGCAGCUUUAAUGGUAGCUGUUCGAAGACAUGAUUAUAACUUCAUUUCUAUUCUUGAUAAAUACUUGGAAGAUUGUCGAGAACUAUCUUCUAAUAGUGAUAGUGAUGUUGAUUCAAACAGUACAUCAAAUAGUGAAAGUGAAGAUAGUACCGAAAAAAGAAGGUUGGAUCCAAAAGAGCUAAUGAAUCUUCAAAAGCAUAAAGGUAAGGGUCGGCCCAAGGGAACUAAUAGAAUACGGCGUGCUAAUGAGCCACCGAAAAAAGCAAAACACAAGCUGCACUAUAAGAUUUGUGGAG